AUGGACUCAUCCACCUCCGAACUUAUUGCUCAGAAAGCCCUCCGUUACGGGCUCCACUCUUGCUCUCAUUGCCGGGACCUACUUAUUGAUCUCACACCUCUUACUCUGCCAGACACGAAGGAUGACACAGAUGACCUUGAAGGGGACUUGGAAGAUACUCCUGGAGAGUGUCUUUCAGAGGACCCUGAUGAUGAUCCAGGAGAGGAAGAAUUUGUGUCACUCUUUGACAACAAGGUAGCAGAUCUGUAUUACAACGACCAACUCUUUCAUCAGUUCAUCUUACCUAACAAGACGGUAUCUGAAGUUGCUCCCUCGUGUCCCUUCUUUGAUCUACUCGAUAACAUCGAUGUGAACUCGGACGCAGGCUUUCUUUCUAUCAACCUGGACUUUUCUUCUUCGAGAUCACAAGCACCCAGGUCAUCAUCAUUCCCUGGCAGCAUAUAUCGCCUCAGAAUACCAAGCGAAAUAACAACGUUAAUUAAAGAUUUCAAAAGCUGCGGAGCCCCCAUUCAUCCUUGCAUUAAAUCGGACAAGGCAUUUUCACGCGCCAGAGAGUGCUUGGGCCAGUAUUUGAGCGAUCAAAGCUUCAACAAAACUGACACGCCCCCGUCACGCUUGCUCGAUAUUUCUCAAGAUAAAUUACGACUUGUCGAUACUGAAUAUCUUCAUGACCCUUCUUGGGCGGCAUUAUCGUACUGCUGGGGCGGACCUCAGAAGGCACAGACGACACAUCUCAACAUCCAAGACCGCUAUCGGGAGAUUAUCGUGGAAGAACUUCCCUUGACUAUUCGUGAUGCUAUUCACGUCUGUCGUCAGAUGCAUAUUCCCUAUCUGUGGGUAGAUUCACUUUGCAUAAUCCAGACCGAAGAUAAUGCUGUUGAAAAGGGGGGAAAAUCGGACAAAGAUCGGGAGUUGCCCAAGAUGGCGGGCAUUUUCAGUGCUGCAGCCCUCACCAUCUGUGCUACCUGCGCCUCGUCAGCUGAAGAGGGAUUUCUCCAAGAUCGAGAGGCCUGGCCUCCAGCGAUCGCGCUUCCAGUUCGUGUGAACGAUACGUUUGUUCGAGAGCCCGUUGACAGUCGAGCCUGGGUAUUUCAAGAGCAGAUGCUUUCAAACCGAACUCUGAAUUUCAGAAAGCAUGCCAUGGAAUUGAGUUCUGGAAGGGUAAGCAGCUCUUUUGCUCAAGACGAUGACUAUAGCUUUCACUCGGAUCUUGAGGUUGGGUUCGGACGCCGAUGGAUAGAUUUGGUCAUGGCGUACUCUGGACGUCAUCUCAGUGUCCUUCAGGACAGACCUAUAGCCAUUGCUGCUGUGGCGGAGUGGUUUGCGAGAACUAGAGACGGCGAUAACACUCUACUAGCCUCCGACUAUCUGGCAGGGAUGUGGAAACCGGAUAUUCUUCAGCAUCUGUUAUGGUCUGCCCCUUCACCUAUCGACUAUGGAUACGAUAAGCAAAACAUUCCUACCAAGAUGGACGGCCCAUCCUGGUCGUGGACUACCAUCUCAGGGCCCGCUGUUUAUCAUGACCCGGAUGUCUUCAGGCAUACGGCGACGAUCAUCAGCACUAGCAUCGAGCUCGCGGACCCGAACUUCGUAUACGGCGCAGUAAAAAGCGGCAGGAUCCGUCUUAGGGGUCUCAUAACGCGGUCACCCCAAAGAACACCACCACCAAAUGGUUUCUUUGCAUGUCGGAUGGAUUACAAAGGUAUGGCCAGAACGGGCUGGUCUGUUACUUAG